GGGAGCUUAAAAUGGCGGAGUUGAAAUUCGAAGCUCCCCUCGCUACGUUUGAAAACGAAGAAUGGAACGAUUUUAAUGAUUACCAAACAGCUACAGAUGAAAACAGGUCGAACAAAGGAUCAAACAGUAUGAAAAGUGCAGCAAAAACAGACAAUUCGUCGGCUGAAAAUUUUGGUGAGACAUUAUCGGGAUCUCUAGAAGAUCUCGUGAACACUCUUGAUGAUAAAAUCACCAAGUGUUUCUGUGACUAUGAAGAAAAAGUGGAGCAAUUUGCUCCCGUGCAGAUUCGAACACAGGAGGAGAUUAUGACAGAUUGCCAGAUGUGGUGGACAAUUACAGGAAAUUUUGGAAAUUUAUUGCCUAUUGACUGGUCAAAAAGUUAUGUGCGAAAAUUGCAUACCAAGGCAUUAAAUUUACCAGAAAAGCAGGAGUGUGAGGAGGAAAACCUGGACCUGUCAGAUGAUGAGGAACUGAGCCAAGCCUUCGAUAUGCAUUCCUUGAUAGUGUCCAGUCUGAGUCAGAACAACGAGGAUCCGGUUGUCUCUGCUGACCAGGCCAUCACAGAGAUAGAAUGUAUGAUGAGGGACGCACCCCCAGAAGAGACCUGUAUUGAUGACAUUAUCCCGGAGAUGCCGGCUCCGUACACGUCUGUGAAAGAGAGGCUGAGUCAUCUGCCUACGUAUCCCGAGGCUGAGAUGAAGUCCAUGCCUCUGGGAGCCUUGAAUGAUCUGUUAACGGAAUACGAGCGAACCACAAAAGAACUGUCAGAAACACUCGUCCAAGAGCUGGCUUUGCGGGAUGACCUUGAGUUUGACAAGGAGCUUAAGAACCAGUUUAUCUCCCUGCUCCUGACCAUCCAGAAGAAAAGGAGGGAGAACAACAUUGACCGCAAACGGAACAAAAAGAACAAACCCAACAACAACUUGAACUCUCCUGGGGAUGGCCCCCAGGCUGGCACGUACCUCACCACAGUUAUCCCCUAUCAUCUUCAGCAGGGCCCUCCAUCUUCAGAACAGCUCCAGAUUUACAUCAAAAUCCUUGAAGCAAUUAAUGAGGACAGUCCAACUGUGCCAACUCUGCUGACAGACUACAUCCUCAAAGUUCUGUGUCCAACAUAAAGAGGCGGUCAUUGUAAUGGUGGGCGAAUAAGUGACCACCAGUCUGACUGACCAGCCCGGCCACCGACUGUCCAGCAUGACCAGAAAUGUUUACAGCUUUACUACGCUGCCUUCGGUGUCUUACGACACACACAUUUUAACUAGUUCUCGCUCACCUGGCUACAGUAGCUGUAUUCUUCUGUCUUUAGGCAAAGAAUUUCUUGUGGUAUCUUGGCUUGGUUAUAGUUCUGACAGAUGCUUGCUUAGGUACAGGUUGCUCUGAUUCCAUAGGCCUUAUGCUCACGUAUGUACAAACUUUUGGCGGCGUCAAAAACAAAACAGAAAGUUUUAUGAUUCUCUCACCAUUCCGCUUGACUUUGCCUCUCAUUUUUAAAAGAUGUAUAAUCAAAUCGUUUUACCAUGUAAAUACUUCUAUUGCUAUUCUUAAACGUUAGUAAAUAAUGCUGAGUAUGCUGCUGGUUUACUAUUAAGCCUGUCUUUUUAUGGUGGGCAGUAUGAUGUGCUAAUUGGUGAACUUGUAAGAAAGGGGUAAUAAAAAAGUAGGGAGGAAAAAUCUGAAGUGUAGAUAUAAAGACUGACCAGUAGAUAACUGGAGUUAAAGAAUGUGUGUCUAUCCUUUGUGCUUUGUGGCAAGGGAUGAUGGUAAAAUAUCAACAGAAUUAUGUUGUAGAUAUCUUCAGUUUAGUUGGGAAGGUUGAUAGUUUGAUCAUGUUCACCAAAUUUUAAGUUUGUUGAUGAAAAUAAGGAUUUUAGUGUAUGAAUUUCAGAGUUUUUUUAUACCCAGUUUCAGAAGAGCUGUUUUUCAAGCUUCCAUUUCAAAUUGUCAGCGUCUAUUUGUGAGACAAGUGUGUCUGACUUGACCCAUCCAAGCCAUAGCUUGUCUCUUUUCAGAGCACUGCCAUUAAUUUACAAAUGUCAUCUUGUCCUUAGAAUGGAAAAUAUCACAUUUAAUGCAUAAAACAAAAAAUGAAAAAGAAAAAAAAAAAGAAAAAGAGACAGAAUAUCUCAGAAAAAGUACAAACUCAAGGAAAGAAAUUGGUGAAAUGGUUAAUGAGGGAGAACGUCUGUAAGGCUGGCUCUCUUGAUGUAACGUAGAGAGGUUUGAGGUAUACUUACGAACUGAGUAACCAGGAAGGCAAUCUCAGAUAUAUAGAUGUUCAUGAUUACAGCUAUAACACAGGACCCGUGAUCAGUUUAAGCAUGAUCGUCAUUUUCAUGCUUCUGUUACAGUCAUGCAGUAUUUCUAAGAGUCUCUGGAUCACUGAACUGCGUUACAGUGUACACCCUAAAUGUGAAGUUUGAACUGGAUUAGGAGAAAUAUAUACCAGAGGUUAUUUAAUGUUUCUUCUCUUUUUAUUCCCCAUCCUUCACUGUAAUUUCGAAGGAAACAUAAAAAAAUAAUAAGGAAAUGAUGCAGGAGACGAAAUGUGUGUCGAAACCAUAGUGUUACACAGUCGCACUGUCCCCAUGAAAACAUGAGACGGUGGUGUGUUCAUGGAUUACAGUAAAUGUACCUUAUUGGCCAUUCAACUCUUUUGGGAUUUUUGCAUUUGUACUAUGUAUAUAUUAUGUAGCAAGUGUAUCACAAUCAUUUUCUUUUUGGAUAAUGUGGAUUUUUUUGUCUUCUAUAAAACUUGUGUGACAGAAUCUGACACAUGUGAAUUCCAGUGAUGCAUACAUGGUUUUAUAUUAGGAUGAGAUUUGGGCAUUUGUUUGUUGACAUUCAGCAUAAUCUUUCCGAUUCUGUAGUGAUUUUAGCUUCAUCAAACUUGACGGGUAUCCGAAACACUUAACCAUCUGUGUGUCGGUUAGACUAGUACAUACGGCAUAACUCUGUGUGAGAAGGCAUACUAUCGUGAGAUUCCCAUUUUAACCGUGGUUCAUUAUAACAACCUCAUUUGUCGGCCUGACGUUUUUUUCUUCAGUCUGAUGACUCGUACUUGUAUCAUGUGUUUCUGGUAAACAUCUACCUUCAGGUCUGCAGAAUUAUGACCAUUGUUUUAAAAUCACAUUUUUGUAGGCCCUUUUUGUAUUAUUAUUGAUACUGGUGACAAUUCAGCAGUGCAGUUGUUGCAUGCAAUUUCCGUCAUAUUUUAUGGUCAGUAUGAAACUGCAUGUUUUAAAUACAUUCAAGGCCAGAGCAUUUCUAAUUCAAAGACGAAUGUUCUGUUCAUUGCCUGUCUUCGUAUGCUCCAUGCGCCAUAUGUAUUAUGACGCUGAUGCUCUUUGUGUGCCAAGAUGCUAUGUCAUUCUGCAUCAGGCAUUGUUACGAUGAAUUUUUAACGAAAUUCUUGACGAAUCCAAAGAAUCGCCAUCAUUGUCAAGUUUCCAAGACUCCAUUUGCUGGUCUUGAUCAUAUUGUUCUACCGGUAUUGGACUUGCUGUACGUUUUUCUCUCCAUUUCUUUGAUAUCUUUUAGGGCUAUGAACAAUUAAUUGUCCAACUACUGGUGGGAUGCCGCAUUUGUGUACAGACAUCGUUGUUUGGACUUAAGAAUUUGCACAGCAGGGUCCUAAAUCAAUCUAUAACAGUUGUUGUUGUUGUUGUAAGUGGUUGGAAUAGUCGUCACGGUAAUAAAGAGGUACAUAUGAUAGCUUUCACCAUGACAGCUCUAUAGUACGCAAACAUUGUGAGUUACUCAACAUCUAGAUGUUAUCUGCUUUGUCUAUUUAUUAUUAAGCCCUGAUGGCCAGAAGAUUUUAUCUUCAAAUGAAUCUAGUCAGUGUAUGCGUGAAAACGUAAGUAUCGUGUGAUUUGGUGUUGUAACUCUAGGUAAAACAUGGGCAGUAAUCUAAAUCCCUAAUCAUUUACCAAUGAUGAGAUUGAUUGUAUAAUAUCAAUAAAUGUUGUCCAGUAA